UCUCAAAUUCAACGCAUCCAAAUUCUUCACGUCUUUACUUUGUUUCAUUAUAAGAAAACAAAGUUCAAACAAGUAAAAAAACACCCAAGUUUCAAAAUAAACUAAAGUUAAGAGCAAAAAAAACAAAAAUGGAGAGUGAAAAUUCAGUGCCAGUAAUAGAUUUACAGGACUUUCCAAGACAAUCAUCAAAGUUAAUUUGGGCAUGUGAAGAAUUGGGUUGCUUCAGAAUUAUAAACCAUGAUGAUAUGCUUCCAGUUUCACUAAUGGCAGAGAUGAAAGAAGUGGUGAGGACAUUGUUUGAUCUUCCAACUGAAAUCAAGAAACGUAACAAGGAUGUAAUAGCAGGAUCAGGGUACAUGUCUCCUAGUGAAAAGAAUCCACUUUAUGAAGCUUUGGGUCUCUAUGACAUGUCUUCUCCUCAAGGUGUAGCUGAAUUUUGUACUCAGUUGGGUGCAUCCGUACACCAGAGAGAGACAAUCAUGAAGUAUGCUGCAGCAAUUAAUGGACUAAUGAUGGACAUCGUGCGAAAGAUGGGCACAGGGUUGGGACUGUCAAAUGUGUCCUUCAAGGAAUGGCCUUGUCAGUUUAGGAUAAACAAGUACCACUUCACCCCGGAAGCUGUAGGUUCCUCUGGCGUUCAGAUGCACACAGACUCAGGAUUCCUUACUAUUCUACAGGAUGAUGAAAAUGUUGGCGGUCUUGAGGUCAUGAAGAAAUCUGGUGAAUUUGUUGCAGUUGAUCCUUGGCCAAACACCCUCCUUGUGAAUCUUGGAGACAUAGGCACAGUAUGGAGCAAUGGAAGAUUUUACACUGUUAAGCACAGAGUGAUAUGCAAGGAAGCAAAAAUACGAGUGUCCAUUGCUUCAUUUCUCUUGGGACCAAGGGACACAAAAGUGGAACCACCACCAGAGCUGGUGGAUGCUGAACACCCCCGUGUCUAUGUUCCUUUUACUUUCAAUGAUUAUAGAAAGCUCCGGUUGACAACAAAGUUGCAGGCAGGGGAAGCUCUUGAUCUUAUGCGCACUAACUUGUAAAGCUUUCGCGAGUAUCUCUUGGCCUCCUUUAUAUUGAUUUAGGCUAAUGAACUUGAAAGUAGGAAAGAAAAUAAAUCUUUGUGGGAUUUCAUACUGCAAUAGCCUGUAGUGGCGUAGUCUGCCCUCUCUGGUUUAUGCAUAUCAACAAAGCAUCUAUGAUCCAUCUUUAUAUUGUCUCUUCUGUUAUCUAAUGUAUUUUAAAGAAUUAAACAAGUCUUAUCUUUCAUUACAAUUUGAGAUCCUGGAAUUCUUAUCUAAUGUAUUUUAAAGAAUUAAACAAGUCUUAUCUUUCAUUACUUUUGAGAUCCUGGAA